AUGAAUUCGAAUCCUCCCACGGCGCCUCUCAACCCCCUUGCUGCCGAUCCUCCUGGUCCUAAUCACUUGAAAUGGACUUGCUCUCAAUCAAGACAUGGACCAUACUGCAUCGAUUGUGAGGACAGCGAAAAAUCUCAUUUGACUUGUAUCGAUUGUCACGGUUCACUUUGCUACGGAUGUCACGGCCCAUCUGGAACCACAAUUUCUUCAAGUCUUUAUACUACAGACGGUUGGACUCCUGAGAUGGAGAAAGAUUGCUUUGGAGUAGUUGGCAGAAUCGACGAAUGGGAAAUUGGUGCAUAUGUGGGCUGGGGUGGGGUGGAUGAACCGGAGCCUGAGCCAUCAAACUUACAUUCGGUGGAUGAAUCCACUGGAGUGCCAGACGCAGACGUCCAUUCCACACUUCUGGACAUCAAUAAUAUUGAUAAACAAACCGGCGCUGACCAUAUUCCCGAGGUUUUCAGGGGAACAUAUGAACCAAUGAGCUCCUAUAGUAACAUCAUGUCCGAGGUUCUUUCCUCCCUCAAAAGCACCUCUCGGAACGUUAGCGGAAUCCCUGCUCCUGCUCCUUCCCUUUCAGAACCUCCUAAAGCAACCUCAGACGACUAUGGCGACCCCUUCAGGCGCAUGUGUGAAACUCGAAUCUGGGAACAGUGCGCACGCUGCGGAAUCGGUACAUGUGCCGGCUGUCUUGGUUACGAGGAAGAUCUCUACGAACCCGGAGGCCCUAAAUACAUUAUUCAAGAACCGGAAUAUCGGAGCUGUUACGCUGGUUGUGGGAAACGGUUUUGUGUCUCCUGCAUCAACAGACCUACAAAUGGCCCUGGAGAACUGGUGUGUGGCGCUAUUUGGACCGUCGAAAAGGAUUCUGAGUACCAGGUUGAUGAGUUUCUUUACCGGGGCCUUGCCGACGUGCCUGGAGAUGCAGCAAACGGCGGUAAAGGCGGUAAAGGGGUGCGAUGCGGUGCUGUUUUGUGCGCAGAAUGUCAAGAUGGCGAGAUGCUGAUUAGGCCAACUAUUGUACAGAGACCGGGGGAGAUUGAAGUUGCGGAUGAGAAGGAGAGAGACGGGGUUGAGACGGAAAGAAGACGAAAUGAUAGGAGGGGUGUAUGGUUCUGUGCCAGGUGUGAGCUGGGUAUUAGGCCGGUUAAUAUGUAA